GUUACCUUUUCUUAGUCUGCAGUGAUCAUCACAGUUUUCGUUCAUGGUGGAGUGAAAUUUUUUGCUUCAAAAAAGCAUCUUAAUAUGGCCAAACGACACGAUCUUCGUAUAAAGGAGUUCGAUGGAGAACAUAUCCUUGAAAGGACGGCGUCAUUUGGUGCAAGGGGAGCUUUAGUUGGAGCAUUUUAUGGUGCCUGUGCAGCGGCAUUAACACCACCAAAACCAGCACCAACACCUCUCAUCCUGCAAGCAUUAAACACCAUGAAGAAUACAACACUGUUAAUAGGUGGUGCAGCAGCAAUAUUUGCAGGAACAACAUCAACAGUAGCAGCCAUUAGAGGAGUUGAUGACCCCAAGAACUGGGCAGCAGGUGGAGCUGCUACUGGUGUAUUCAUUGGAUUAAACAGGCGUAGCUGGGGUAUCGGAACAGGAGCAAUGGUUGGAUUAGCUGUGGCUGCUGCUGUUGCUAAAUAUACAGGUGUCUAUAAACAUCCAUUCAGAGAAGAUAGAGUAUAUGUAUGAAACCUUUUUAAUAUUUAAUCUUUCUUUCUUGUAAAUGAAUUUUUCGGUUUAAUAUAAGCCCUUUUUGAGCUGAGGUCUUGUGUGCAAUAAUCGGUGUAUUGAAAUUAAAGAAAUAAAGUGUUUCUUAUACAUCUUUUGUUUAAA